GAGAAGCAGAGCGAUAGUGUCCAUGUUGGCGUGCAGAAGGGCGUGUUGUCCCUAUUUAAACUCCGAGCUUUGCACAGAUUACACACAGGCGCAUCUUACCUGGAGAGGACCGUCUCACAGAGCACCGCUGUACCAGAACUCUUCCAAAAUGGGCGACAACAACCCAGUCAAUCAAGAAGUGGAGCAGUUUAACAAGCAGAAGCUCAAGAAGACGAACACAGAAGAGAAAAACCGACUCCCAACCAAGGAGGCAGGUUGUGAACAAAAAUAUUUGACUAAAUCGAAGAAGAGAAGAAGGCCAUGAAAGAGGGGAACAACUGAAACACUCCUGCCAUGAUUUUUCUUCCUGCUUCUUCUGUCCUUCUCGAUCACCUUGCUUGUCUUCCAGUUCAGAAUUCUACAUCUACAUCUUUACUGCUGUCUGCCGUGUUUAGUGGAAAUGGGUUUAAAGGUUGCUCAAAGCGACUGAAUGGUCUCAACGUAAUCCAACUUGUAUCUAAAUGUAACGGGUGCUUCUUGUGCUCUCUUUCUCAAGAUUUUACACAGUGUUGAACCGAAGGCAGUAAAUUGUGAGUGUUGGACGCAUACUUAGACAAAAAUUAAAAUGCAAAUGUACUGCAAUGACGUAAUUCACUGUUGCUAAUACCAAAAGUAUGCCUGUAAAUUGUGCAUUUAAUGACAAUGUAGAGAAGAAUAAAGGGGGGAAAAAACAUAUUUUUGUUUUAAUAAAAAAUCUACGUGACAAAUGUGUUGCUUAAUAUGAGCCACUGUGUUAUCUGUUCAAAAUUCACUUUUAACAUGUCAGAUGUUGUAAUCAUUCAAGAACCAUAAGAGUUUUGUCAAAACAUGCCUCUCAUUUUUUACAUUCCAACACUUUCAAUCAGAUGUUCUUAGAUCUAAAUAUCAAGUAAACUGAGAACACACAAUGACCAGAGAUUUCUUUUGCACAGUACUUUAGUAAAAUAAUAAUCAUCUCAUACAAAAUUGCCACCGUCGGUUAUUAGAUGGUGCAGGAUUCAAUUUAAAACCUUGUUUUGGUUUGCCUUACUUAAUCUUGUCUGGUAAUCCUGGGUUUGAUAUAUGUUCUGUUUACUUUUUUUUUUUUUUCUUAAAAAACAUCGGUUAUCUCCUUCGCAAGAGCUGGAACCAAAAUAUUUAUGUUGUUUUUGUGUCGUCAGCAUUCUGAUGAAGGUCAUUCUUCCACCCACAGGUCUGGGCUUGCAGGGACAGAAGAGUGGUUAAGAAUAUAUUUCUAUCUGAGCUGGCAGAACAAUUUGUGUCUUAGGUUUUUCAGCCUAAGUUUUAAUUUCUAAAUGUAGUGACAUAUUUUGUGACUCUUGCAUUUGCUGUUCUUCCUAAAUGACGGAAUACACGGAACAGAGCAAA